AGUGUCAAAUGUAGAGUACACCUCAGCUUUUAUAAUAUUUAUGAGGAAGAUACAGAAAAAUUGUUAGACAUAAAUCUAAUGUAGAUAUUGAUAGAAUGGUAAUGGGCUCUGUUUAAAUGAGUAGUGGUUUGCAUGCAUAAUCUACAAAAGUUAACGGGAAAUUUAAUUUUUAUUGAAAGAUUUGUAUCCUGUCCAUUCCUACCAUGUGUAAGUGUUCCAAGAAAUUCGUCAGAUUCUUGCUCUACUUUUCAACCAUAAUUGUAUUGUUUUGUGGAAUAGGCCUGCUACUCACACACGCUUAUAAAAUGGCUGCUCUCGCCAGUUUUAAUGAGAUCACACAAGGUCUAAAUAGCUCAAUAGAGCUCGAUCCAGUAAUAUCAAUAAUUUGUGCUUUAAUUCUUAUUAUCGUAUCAUGCGUGACAAUUUUUGGAAUAAUGAAUAACAUAAAAGAAAUAAUAAUUUUCUACCGCGCGAUUCUAUUCUUCUUUGUAAUCAUCCAUCUGGUGGUAUCAGCUAUGCUAUUCGAUCAAUUCGCAAGAGUUGCUAGAAACCGCGAAGACUACAAGGAUGAAAUGACACAACAUAUGUGGCAGAGCGUUUUUGCAUAUUUAUUUGCCGAUUAUCGAGACUUGCUUGAUUCAGUUCAUAUCAAGUACAAAUGUUGUGGUGUUAGAGGAGCUGCAGACUGGCAUCGUAUAUGGAAUAAUAGUUCAGCUCCAGAAUCUUGCUGUUAUCCCAUACGCACGUGUUCCCUCUCGGAUGCAUACAAAGUUGGGUGUGUUGAUAUCAUAUUCGACAAACUACUGCACCUGAGUUGGGUGUUCACCUUUCUUCAUGUACUAAUAUUAUUUAGCGAGUUUCUUGCAUUUUGUUUAACCUUUUCUAUGGUACGGGAUAUAAAGAAAACAGAGGCUGAGGGGCGUGACUAUGAACGUGGCCCUGCUUCUGUCUCAGAUCGUGGCGCUGCUUCUGUCCCUGCUCGUGGAGCUGCUCCUGUCCCAGAUCGUGGAGCUGCUUCUGCUCCAGAUCGUGGCGCUGAACGCGGUCAAGAAGGUAGCUCUAGGCCUACUCGUGGGCGUACCGCUGAGCGUGGCAAAGCAUUGCUUGGGUCAGUAUUUAAACAAGAACCAGAAAGUGGACCGGAACAAGGUACAGCUUUGCUUGGAUCGGUAUUUAAACAAGGAGCAGACCGGAGACGAGCACAAGGAACAGCUCCUAGACAGGGAACAGAAGGAGAGACAGACGCCUCGCCAAAAGUGAAACACGGGCUGCGCUUCCGAUGAAUGGUUAUAGACCCUCAAACAAUCGGAUUGGAGAUUCGAGGCAGACAAUACUUGAUAAUGAUCCGUGAUAUUUUAAAAUUAACUGUAAUUUAUAAUAAAAGUUAUAGUACAACCCUAA